AUGAAGUUCCUCACGCUCCUGGCCCUGUGCGCUACCCAUGUUUUCGCCGCCAGUCAACUAGCCCUCUUCACCGAUGACGCCUGCCAAAACUCGCUGCGAGGCCUCGAAGGCCCCAAUGGCUAUCCCAAUGGUACAUGUACCGAUCUGCGACGCACUGGGCCAUACGGCAGUUUUCAAGUUGUAGGCCUGGAUCCAGGCUGCACUGUCACCAUCUACCAGAAUGACACCACCGAGAACAUCUGUUCAGGCUACCAAGAAGUGAUUCAGCCCAUUGAUUGCUACAACUCUUCCUUCGUAUACUACAGUAUCGACUUUUGUGAUAUCGUCAGCACCCAGUCGCCAAUUGCACCACAUCCGCCAUCUUCAGGUUCCUCGGGCAUAUCUACAGGCGCGGCUGUUGGAGCUACACUUGGUGGAGUCGCCGGACUGGCAAUCAUCGGCGGACUAAUUGCAUUUUUCGUCUUGAAGAAGCGAAGAGAGGCACGGAGAACUCCAGAAGUCGCAGAGUAUCCACCGUCAAUGCCGUCCGAGGUACACGCGAAACACCUGCAUGAGAUGGGACCGGGCGCAGUCGUGUACAAAAGAGAUGCGGCAGUGGAGGUUGAGCAGCCAGCUGUUGAGCUUGAGGGCAGAGAAUUGGGGACUGAUGAGGAGUCGAGGACUUUACGCUCAUGA